AUUAACCUCGCAUAAACUUGUAACUCAAAAAUGAAUAGACUAAUGAGGACUUGUAUUCAGUAUCGUUUGAUUUUACUCGUGGAUCUGCAAGUCACAAUCCUUUUCUGAUUAACCCCAUUUCUAAAAUCUCAGGAAGAUGGCAGAGCACGUAGAAGCGGACAAUGCGGAGGCCAUAAUCACCCGAAUCGAACACAAAUCUCGCAAGAUCGAGAGCCUACUCAAGCAAUAUAAGCCAGUUGAAGCACUAAAAACUGCUCUAGAAGGUGCCCCUCCAAAGACACGGGAUGAAAGAUGCAAGUCUGCCAAUUGGAUUGUAGUACAUAGAGCAUUAAUGGCUAUAAAAGAUGUGGAUGGCAUGUUUUCCUCUUUGGAUCCUGAGUACUAUGACAUCCUUAUGAAGUACUUGUACAGAGGCUUGUCCACCGGAGAUCGGCCCACAUGUGACCAGUGCCUACGAAUUCAUGAAAAACUUACACAAAAAGCUGGUCUGGGGUGCAUACUACGUUGUCUUACCGACACCAUUAAUACAGUUUAAGCACUAUAUGCCCUUUCUUUUCCAGGGUCUGUCUACAAAAUAAGUAUUUCUCUGAUGCUAACUACAUAUUGAAAGUGAGAUGAGACAUGGACUGCACUUUCUCAAAUUUGAGCUCUUAUUGUUGAUUUAUUUUGUCCUGGCAUAAUUAGCAAUAUCUUGUAAAUUUUUAUCUUUUUUUAAGAGGCCUAGCUGAACAAGUAGAUUUAGAUGGGGCAAUAUAAUGUAGUGGUUUUCUAUA